UUUUCUCCGAAAAUGGGUAAGAUGUUGACAUAGUUUCUAUACUUAUCGUAUGCAAUAUAAUCAUAGUUCCUCAAGAACAACAAUUGGAGAUGGAACGGCGCAAUAUGAUCUUAGCUGUUGUAUUUCAACUCAUUUUUGCCACCGAUUUCUCCACCACUGCUUUGGAAAGCAAUAUGAACAGAUCUGAUCGAAUUUUUAAUCCCCUUUUUUUCACCGCGGAGGGAGAUAAUUCAACAGUUAGAGUCAUUCGAGUAGCAUGGAUCUUAAAGCCUCCAUACACAGUUUUAUUGUCGAACGAUUCUAUCGCCGAUAACCAAGGGUUUCAUGGAUUGAUACAAGAAACAUUACUACGUUACAUGGUGGUGGAAUGUGGCCUGUUAUACGUUUCCCCCGUUAUAUACCACUUUGAAUUGUUUCAAGUUCAUAGUGAGCAUACCUUGAUAGAUAUGCUGAGAAAAAAUGAGGUGGAUUUAGCUUGUCCUGUGUUCGAGCAACAGCACAUUCGGAAAUACGGAGAAUUUCACUUUUUCAAAAUUAUUGAGUACCCAGGAACGGAAUUCAUUCGUGAUGAUUUUGAAACCAAUGCUCUCAGUGUCGUCUUGGAGUCGAUUUUAAAGUCUUGGCCAUUGUUAGCCAUCACCAUGAAUCUCACGGCCAUCGCCGGGAUCAUUAUGUGGGCUCUGGACACAUAUUGGAACAGAGAUGAGUUUCCACGAAAGUUCCUUCAAGGGUCUUGGCAAGGAUUCUGGUGGUCGUUUGUCUCUGUCACCACAGUAGGAUACGGUGACAAAGUUCCAAAGUCCAUUCCAGCAAGACUGUUCUCCACUUUAUGGAUUAUUUUUGGAAUGAUUUUUAUGACGAUUUUUUCGGCUCACAUCACGUCCGUUCUCACGGCUCUUUCACUGGAUAUGGAACCAACCAGUCUCGAGGGUGUUAAGGUUGCAGUGUUGGGCAAUGGAACUGAAUACCAACAUGCAGUUGAGCAAAAUGCUCAGCCGAAAGUCUACGAAAAAAUAGACGACAUCAUUAAGGCUGUCAAAACAAAGGAAGUGGAAGGAAUGUUCCUGGAUCGCUACAUUGCUUCCUAUCACCAAUCCAGAAGUGACUUGGCAUCUCAUAUUUCCCUCAAGAGCUUGAACUUUCCCAAGGAGGUCGGCGUGCUUUUUUCUAAGGAUAACAAAGAACUUGCGUCUUGCAUGGAGUUUCAUCGUCCAAGCAUUAUGAUGCUGACUCAAACUAUCACUUCUUCUUACAAGUUCAUGGAGAAAAAGAAAACAAGAAAAGUCAAUUUGUUCGAUACGUCGUCGUCAUAUCUUAAUGGUUUUAUGUACAUAACCCUCGGCAUACUUGCUGGUUUGCUUAUAAAUGGGACACUCUGGCAAAUACUCAGAAACAAAUGCAAGACUGAAGUCAAUAAUAACUUAAUUUCUGAGCCAGUGAAGGAAGGGCAGCUAAGAAGAAGCGAAACCAUCCGAGAGGAACUGGAAACGGCAAAACUAAUGCUAUCUCAAAUCCAAGAGCAAUUCAAGAAACUCGAAGCUGAAGUUCUCAGAUCGUGACUGAAGUGGCCAAAUUUCAUACAUAUCAUGUACAUAAAAUAACAUUAGUCUGACCUUGUAUUAGCACAAGUUCCCCAAAUGGGUCUCUCCUUAAGCAAAAUGAACAACCGGGACAAUUUCACUUAAAAUUGCAAUCUCAAUCAUGAUCUCAAUUUCAUCUGGUCUUCAUGUGGGACUUUCCAGCUUGGUAACCACUAUACGACGUUUCAUUACGGGGAUCCUCAUCACGGAGUCAAUGACCUCAGAAGCCGCAUCAGCUCAAAUAUAUAUAUAUAUAUAUAUAUAUGACCAUAGCAGACUUACG